CACUACAUUUCCCGGAAGCCCUUGCAGCAGCUGAUCAGCGACACAGGGAAAGCCGAGGCUGUCAGUGAAGCAGUGUCCGGAGCUUGGCUGAGUAUUCGGGGGUCUGUGUGUGGAUGAGGUGUGUGAGCUGAGGAACCAUGUCCCGCCAGGCUAACAGAGGCACCGAGAGCAAGAAGAUGAAUUCUGAACUCUUCACAUUGACUUAUGGAGCUCUAGUUACUCAGUUGUGCAAAGACUAUGAAAAUGAUGAAGAUGUCAACAAACAGCUAGAGAAAAUGGGUUACAAUAUAGGAGUGAGACUCAUUGAAGAUUUCCUUGCUCGGUCCAAUGUAGGAAGGUGUCACGAUUUUCGGGAAACUGCUGAUGUUAUUGCAAAGGUGGCAUUUAAAAUGUACCUGGGAAUAACACCAACCAUCACAAAUUGGAGUCCAGCAGGUGACGAGUUCUCCCUUAUCUUGGAGAACAAUCCAUUAGUUGACUUUGUUGAGCUUCCAGAUAAUCAUUCCACCCUUGUCUAUUCCAGCCUGCUUUGUGGGGUCCUACGGGGAGCUCUAGAAAUGGUACAAAUGGCAGUGGAUGUGAAGUUUGCACAGGAUACUCUGAAAGGUGACAGCGUUACAGAAAUCCGAAUGAAAUUUAUCCGAAGGAUUGAGGAUAACUUGCCUGCUGGGGAGGAAUGACUCUGAAACCACCCAGAUAUUUCAGGAGUAUUCCACUUAAUACGUGUCUCUUCCCUGCUCUGAGAGAAGUUUCCAUGUUCGUACUGGGGCCAGAGAUUAAAUCCUUAGGCAAUGUUUUUGCAUUUUUUCUUUUUUUUUUUCUUCUUACCAAAAUAAUUUUCUUACUAAAUCCCUCACAACUAGCUAUGAAGUUCCCAUUUAUAGUGGGUUUUUUUCCUUUCUUUCUUGUUUUUAUUUUUAAUGCCAUUGGAAUGUGUGAAAAUUGCAGAAAUGACUGCAUCAUUCUGGAUUAUUUAAUCAAUAUUUCCUGGGUAAUCUCUAAACCAACUGGAAGAAAACCAUGUUUCUUUGCUCUUUUAAACUAGGCAAUUGUGUGGGAAGAAAAUAAAGUGUUUUGUUUAUUUAACAUAACCAACUAGGCAGUCUGAUUCAUCGCAAUAGUUCCCAGGAUGUUUUUACCUUUGCAACUCCAAAUAGGUAAGGUAGUUUUAAAUUUGAUCUCAAGUAGAUAGUCAAAGCCAUAUUGGGUGAAACUGCAGACAUAUUGAAUAUUAAGAGAUCAGUAUAUAUUCCAUUAAAAAAAAAAAAUCUAUAACUGUUCUAUACAUUCUAAGAUGAGCUUAAAUUUUUACUGCUCACGUAUUUACUUUUCCAUGAUAGAUGGAGUUAUAGAUUUUUUUUUAUAGCUGGUGAUUAGCAGGAACCAAGAGGCUGGCACAAAUAUUGAAAAUGAACUGGUUUAUUGAAGGGGGGCAGGAUUGCUGAAAUAACCUGUUUCUGAUUUGACUGCUCCUUUUGAUUUCCAUCGACUGCAUUGAUGCUGUCUUCUUUUAUUUUGUCUGUUUGCGUUAUAAAUAUUAAAUGGUAUUGGUAUAUUUGGAAUAAAUAACUUAAAAGUCUGUGACUGAUCACAAUUACAUAUA